AUAUAGUGUCAGGAGUGGGAUGUUAGACGCUCUACGUCAGUUGCAAAUGUUCAUUAUCCAAGUAUACCAUUUCUCAUUGCCGAGUUACACACGUACGAAGAGAAAGUGCAGAGGUACUUGGAUCCGGGAAAUAUUUCCGUAGAAAUAAAAACUGGACUCCAAAGUGUUUCAUCGUUUCGAAGAAGUAAAAUCGCGUUCAACUUAAAUUGGCAACAAAGACGAAGACUGUAUCUUCUUCCUAAGCUUUUGAUAAUCAGCAAGUAGAAAAAAUAUCCAACAUGAACAACCUGGGUCAUACGCCGCUCACUGUACCAAAUUACUCGUAUAUCUUCGACUUCGAAAAAAACUUCGAUUUCUGGGAUACUCAAAUGUGGUUUAAGGACCAGUUUCCGAACUGUUUUUAUUAUUGUGGUAUCUAUGUCGCCCUAAUUUUUGCCGGGAAACAUUACAUGUCAAAUAGGCCAAAAUACGAAUUGAGAGGCAUGCUUAUUUUGUGGAGUGCACUGCUUGCAAUAUACUCCAUUUUUGGGUUUCUUAGAAGCAUGCCGGGUAUGUUUCAUGUAUUAAGGCAUCAUGGAUUUUACCACAGCAUCUGUAUACCUAGCCAUCUUACUCAAGAUCCAGUUUUCGGUUUUUGGUCGUGGACCUUUGCCCUAUCGAAGCUAGUAGAAUUUGGCGACACAGCCUUCAUUGUGUUACGAAAGCAACCGUUGAUUUUUCUACAUUGGUACCAUCACGUAACAGUCCUUCUCUAUACCUGGUUCUCUUAUGCAGAGGCCACAGGAAAUGGCAAGUGGUUUGGCUUGGUAAACUCUUUCGUUCAUGCCUGGAUGUACUCCUAUUAUGCUCUGAAAGCAAUGCGGUUCAAUAUACCAAAAUGGGUCGCCAUGUUUGUUACUACGCUACAGCUAUCACAAAUGGUUGUGGGUUGCAUUUUAACUGCAUCAGCUUACUACUAUGUACACAGUGCCCAAGUUGAAUGUCACGUUACGCCUUUGAACAUCAAACUUGCUAUGCUGAUGUACCUCAGCUAUUUCAUUUUAUUUGCCAGAUUCUUCCAGCAGGCUUAUUUAUCUAACAAACACAUAAAAAAAAUUGGAAAGAAGGAUUAGCCUAAUAGAUCUGCAAGUUAUAACAAGCUGAAGUUUAUGUAGAGCAGGUGAAAAAUUUUUUAAAUCUUUUUUACGGAUGCUUUUCAGUGACAUAUCUUAAGAAAAACUUUAUCAAAAUCUCAUGUGAUGGAUAUGGACGUCAAGAAAUAAUUUGAUGAAUAUAAUUCUCUGAAGCCUUUGUGAAGGCAAAGUUGUAAAGAUUGAUUGUGAAUGAAAGAAAAUGGAGAAAUAGAAUUAAAGUAAAUCUCGCACACUAAAUCAGAAAUAAAUUUUUAAUAUCUUAACGAUAUUAUCGUUAACUAUAGUACGAAUGAAUUAAUAAAUCUCGUCCUGGAAACACA